AUGAAUGUGGCUUUUGAUCCAGAAACACCUUUGCACAUUACUUUCAUUGAUAAACCAGCAAUUGAUGGAGGUGGUCUUCUUAGGCAGUUCUUUACUGAUCUGUUUUCAUGUAUUAUUGAAGGUAAACCUAUGUCAUUGUUUCUGGGAGAGUGUGGGCGGAAUUGCCCUACCCAUAGUCCACAAGGUGUGUUUUUAGGCAUGAUUGAAAUUGUUGGAAAAAUCAUUGCACACUCUUUGGUUCAGGGUUCAUGUUAUUAUUAUCUGGCAACUGGCGAUAUGAUUGGUGCGAUGGCUUAUUGCAAUCCGUGGGAUAUACCAGAUGUAAUAACCAGACAAUGGAUUCUUUGGGUAUUAAACUGAACUGUUAUAUUGUAAUCCUAAAUAUAGAAGACUUCAGGAACAGAUCAUGGUUAAUGAUGGCAAUUUUGGAUUAUUUUGAAAAUAUACACUUGAUUUAUGAAUUAUCAUCAUUAGCCAUAACUGCUUCUAUCAUGCUUUUCUAUAUUGUUAUAAGGCUGAAGCCUGAAGCUUAUAUUAAAACAUUUACAGCUUAAUUCCAUCCAUUAAUAGCAUAAUGUUAUGAGUUAAUAAAAUAGUUAAAACAAUGUCAUUUCCCUGUCUUUUCCAUUAUGCACAUGGUGUAUGCAUAUGAUAGUCACAUGGUUAUAAUCAGUACAAUUGAUAUUUAAUAUGGAUUUCUGCCAACAAUCCCACUUUACUGACAAGCACUUCGUAAAUAGAGUUAAAAUCUGUUCUGAAACAAUUUUUUAUAUAUAUAUAGUAAUUAGAAACAAUUUAAAUAUUUUGCAAUAAUAGGCCACAUUUUUAACAUCCCUAGAGUAUUCUCAUUUAGUCCUUAAUUAGUUCUUAAUUAUUCAUAGGUUAGGUUAUAAAUCGCAUGAGUUAACUUCCUUGUGUUUUUAACUUUUUACACUGAUGAAGCUGUCUGGAGUAUAUAUAUAUAUAUAUAUACUCAUACGACAGAAAUAAUAUGUACCAAAGAGUAAAGUUCUGUUAUUUUAAUUAUAGCUAAUAGAUGCUAACAGUGAAUCUGAUAUGGCAGACAUAGCUACAAACGAUCAGUUUCUUGAUGUAUUGUCUUCAUGUGGUGACACUAGUGUACCAAAGGUGAAUAUACUUAUCUGUCAAUGA